AUGUACGACACCGCACCGCCGUGUGCGGCUCCCGCCCCGCCGGGCUCAGACACCGCACCGCAGCACCGGCCCCGCCGGCACCCACAGCCCGCCGGGCAGCCCCGAGCCACGGCCGAGCCCCGGCCCUGUGCUGCGGAGCCGCUGUUCGCCCCGCGGCCGGGCGGGUCGGGCUCCGAGCUCCGGGCGGGGACCCGCGUGGGGAGCCCCGCGGCGGGCGCUGCCGCAGGGACGCGCGGGCAGCGGGGCCGCGCCCCGGCCGCGCUCCGGCCCCUGGCGGAGGCCGGUGGCUGUCCCCGGCCCGCCGAGCGCAGCGACGCUCCCCCGCUCCCCGCGGAGCCCCCGUUGCCGCGGAGCCGCCCCGCAUGGCCGCCGCCCGCCUCCCCCCGCCGCGGGCCCGGCCUCGCCGCCGCACUCACCCGGGCCUGCCGGCGGGGCCCUGCCGGCGCGGCCCGCUCGGCUCAGCGGCUCAUGCUGACGGUGCCGCCGGCGCGGCGGGCGGAGGCAGCGGCGGCGCGGGCUCCCCGCGCCAGCCCCGGGCCCGCUUCCGCCGCCGCCCCCGCCCCGCCCGGAAGCGCCGCCCGGCCCCGGCCCCGCCGGCAGCCCCGGGCCCGCGGGGCGCCCGGCCCGGCCCCGGCCCGGCCGCGCUCACCUAAUCCCGGUGCGGCCUCCGCGCUCCGGGCGCCGCGGGAGCGAGGGGAAGGCGCGGAGCGGGGCGGCGGCGCGGCGGGCUGCCCUCCCCCGGGGCCGCCCUCCCUCAUCCUCCCCGCGGCGGAGCGGCCGGCGCCUCAUGAGUCACCGAGCCCGGGCCCGCACACGUGCCCGGCCCCGCCGCCUCCGGCCGGGGGAGGCACGGCAGGGGCGGCCUGGGGGCGGGCGGCGCUGCCCGGGCCCGGCCGUGUCCGCACAGCGCCCAGCGCGAUGCGGGAGCAGCCGAUGCAGAGCGGCGUUGUGCCGGCUGCUGCGGGGGCUGGCGGGGCUCGCCCGGCACCCACCAUCAGCAGCUCCCCGCUCCCGGCCCUCCACAGCAGCAGCAGCAGCAGCAGCAGAGCCCACCGCCCAGCCAACAGCCUCCCUGGGCUUCCAGAGCCACGGCACAUUCCUGCCCGCAGCGAGGCAGCCAAAUCAAAUAUCAGCUCCUGGGAAUGUCGCUGGUUUCCCUCACAGGCCCUGGGCGAGGCUCUGGGGCUGGCCGGGGGAGUGCCCGUGGUGCUGCGGCACACUGGGGCUCUGCCCGCAGCUCCCCCGGCCCACGGCGGCUGCAGCCGAAUCCGAGCCGCUCCCUCUCCGAACGCCGGGCUCGGGUGCCAGGAGGGAAGCGGCGUUCCUGCCCUGCCAGGGCCCGGCCGGGGGCAGUGCCAGGACCGAGCCCCGCCGGGCAGCGGGCACGGCACGGAGGCAAAGCCGAGCGCGGCCGCGGCCCUGCGGCCCCUGGCGGGGAGGGAGGGACACGGUGCGUGUCGCCAGGCUGCCCGCAGACAGCCGGGGCCGGGCACGCCCUGCCAGGAGCGCCGCGGGGCCGGGGCCGGCACCCAGCGUGUGCCCGCCGUGCCGGGCACCGGGGCCGGGAGCUCUGCGCCGGGGCUCGGCACCAGCACUCACACCGAGCCGGUGCCGGCCAGCGGGGUCCGGCUGGGAGCGGCCGCAGGACCCGCCCUGCCCCGGCUCGGGCACAGCCUGGCCGGGAAUCGAGCAGCGCACCCCAGCCCUGGCGGCUGCCCUGCCCCAGCCCGGGGCACAGCCUGGCCAGGGACAUCGCAGCCCUGGCGGCUCCCCUGA